AUGUUGCGUUCAAAAGUGUGUAAAAGUAGGCCAAACACAUUACCGAGAAUGGCUAAGGCAGCAUAUUAUGAGCGGGAAGAAGCUGCUAUGAAGGAAGAGCUGGCUGCUAAAGAAUCCAAUCAUGGUUUGAAGAAGAAUGAAGGAAUAUACUCUUCACUAACGGCUCUCAAUAAACGGAGCAUGGUUUUGGACGAAGAAAACUUUGAAGACGUAUUUCUCCGAUGUAAUGUUUGUAAAGAUCGCUUUUCUGAACCGGACAAAUCUCCCAAGAUUCUGAAUUGCCACCAUUCAUUCUGCUUGGCCUGUUUGUUGCAGUUAUUCAAAACCGAAUGUGAAUACCGUCACACUCUCACCCCUUCCUUACGUGGUAUGCCUACGGCUGUUACAUUGCAUUGUCCAACAUGUAGGCACAGUUUCAUAUCAACGGAGGACAAUCUGAAACAGCUUCCUACAGAUCAUCGUAUUGUUCAGUUGAUGGACUUUGUGAAGAAUACGGACCGAUAUACAGUUACAUUCUGUUCUAAGCACGACAUGCAACCUCUGAACUUCUUCUGUGAACCGUGUAUAAAACCAGUGUGUCGUGAUUGUACUGUGAUAGACCACCGAGAAAAUGGUGGGCAUCUAGUCAUGGAUCUCGAACAAGCGAUGCAAAAAUACACACCCAUUCUAAACCGUGCGUUGUCUGAGAUGCAAUCAGAGUCUAAAUCUCUGGAUGAAAAGCGCGUUGCUUUGGAAGAUUCUCUGAGAAGGCUGGAUCGCACCAAGGUCGACCUUCUUCAGCAGAUUCAUCAAGCAUUUAACAAAAUACGGUUGAGUAUAGCCGAAAGGGAGAGGGAAAUGUGCGAUAUGGCAGACAGUGAAGUGUCUAAAGAAAAGAGCAAGAUCCACGAAAAGAUAAAACUAUUAAAAUCACGCAGUGCCAAUCUAGUAGAACAUAGUAAAUCUCUACAACAGGCCAAAGAUGAAAGUAAUGUUGAAGAUAUGUUCCGAACUCAUCAACAAUACAGAGAAUACCGAGCUUCCCCUCCGAUAAAGGUGAAGGAGGUCGAUGAUGGCAUUCUUACCACUUUCUCGUUCACGCCUCGGGAUGAAGCUGGUCUUGCGUCUAAACUGUCUAAUUUUGGAAUUAUUUGUGCCAAAACGGAACAUAUUGGACCCAGUUCAACACGAACACGAAGUUCUUCGUGUACACGACUGUCGCGUCGUUGA